UUAGUCAAAUGCAUUGAAGAAAAUACAUUGUUUUUUCUAGGCAUUCAAAUACGGGUUCUGGAUGUUACCAAAAAGGAGCAGAUAGAAAAUCUGGCAAAGGAGCUUGAAAAGAUUGACGUCCUCUGUAACAUUGCAGGGUUUGUUCAUCAUGGAACCAUUCUGGAGUGUGAGGAGGAAGACUGGAACUUCACUAUGAACCUCAAUGUUCGCAGCAUGUAUUUAAUGAUCAAGACAUUCCUUCCAAAGAUGCUUAAACAGAAAUCUGGGAAUAUUAUAAAUAUGUCUUCUGUGGCAUCCAGCAUCAAAGGAGUUGUGAACAGGUGUGUAUACAGCACUUCAAAGGCAGCAGUUAUUGGGCUAACAAAGUCUGUGGCUGCUGAUUUUAUUGAGCAAGGCAUCAGAUGCAACUGCGUAUGUCCUGGAACUGUUGACACACCGUCUUUACAGGAGAGAAUCAAAGCCCGGCCUAACCCAGAACAGGCACUGAAAGACUUUCUAGCCAGACAGAAGACUGGUAGGAUGGCUACUGCUGAAGAAGUGGCCCAUCUCUUUGUGUACCUGGCUUCUGAUGAAUCUGCCUACGUGACUGGCAAUGAACUAAUCAUCGAUGGAGGAUGGAGCUUGUGAUUGACCCUCCCUGCAAAUGGAAAUUUUACCAUGAAAGGCAAAAAGUGAGGAUGGUGUUUCUUGCAAAGAUUUAGAUCACGCACAUGAUAUCUUUCCAAACAAAUUUGCUGCAUUUUUACUGCUAUUUGCUUCACUUUUACUCUUUCUAGACUGAUCUUACUGAUUCCCUUUUCCUUAAACAGUGAAACACUGGAGUAAAAUGUACUUCAUGUGGCUUCAGUUUAUGGCAGUUCCAAAAACAUGAAAGAAUGUUUAAGAUUUCAGAGGGCCAAAAAUAUUAUUCAAGGUACAAACUCUGAGUUGUGUUUUAAGCAAAUAUGAGUGAGAGGAAUUGAAUACCAUCUUUAUUCCCAUCUUACAGAGUUUUUUUGAAAAUUAAACAUUCACAUUUAGAUUUUCUACUAGCAUUGAGAGACUAUCUAGAUAAAAUGGAGCAACAACUAUGGAAUCAGCCAAAAGGAUCCUGAACUAAGUAUGGUUUAAACAGAAUAAAAUAGAAAUAAUAAUAAAUUUGAAGAUCUGAA